AUUACCAUUAAUCUGGUUUUAAAAUAGUUGAAUAAUUGAAGGCCUCAUUCGAUUGUGAAUAACAAUAGGUGGCGAAGGAGCAGGCGGAGAGGAGAGCGACGGCCAAAUUAAUGUUUGAGUUGGGUCAGAAAGCUUAUGGGAGGGGCCUGUAUGGUCGGGCUAUUGAGUUCUUAGAAGGUGCUCUCACAAUCAUUCCCAGGUCUACUCUGUUUGGUGGAGAGAUACAAAUAUGGCUCGCUAUGGCUUAUGAGGCCAAGAACCGCCAUGCAGAUUGUAUUUCUCUCUAUCAACAGCUGGAGAAGCAACAUCCCUGUGUCAGUAUUCGACGCCAAGCUGCUGAGCUCCGCUACAUCUUGCAGGCACCAAGGCUUAAGAUAUCUGCCGAAGAGAUGGUCACCAUACCAUUGAUUGGUUCCAGUUAUGACAGCUAUGCAGCGACAUGGAGUGACAAAUACAAGGAUAGUGAUCAAAGGAGAAAUGAGGUAACAACCAAUCAGCUUCCUUCUUCCAGGGACUAUUUAGCUGACUUCUUGGUCUGGCGACCACCGGGUGGGUGGGAGAAGAACCAAUCUUUUUGGAUUGCUGUAACCAUUUGGUUGGGCUUGGUUGGAGUUGCCCUCUUUGUUCAAAGAUGAAAUGCAUCUCGUUCACCCGCGCUGGCUUGGGUCACUACAUGGUACUGUGCUCAUUUGCAUGCGAAAAAAAGAUUAUGAGCGGUUAAAAUGCUUGGGUACACACUUCAUCAACAUACAAAUGCAUGUAAGAGCACAUGGAUUUCAGCUAUCAGCAUAGAAAGCUUUUCCCAUUAUAAUGCUCGCAACUGUGUAAAUUAAAAAAUCUGUCAUUUCUUCAUAACCUUGUAUUGUAUACAGAUUUAAAAUGACUUGUACAAAUGUAGUUAUUUAUGUGGAUCAUUAUGUU